CGCAGGAUAACAUUAUAUAUAAGGCCACGGGUCUUUGUUUCGCCUUAGAUUGUUAAUUAAGCUGUUAAUUAUGAAAACUCUUCUUAUUUCCUGUCUUUUCUCCAUUGUGGGGUAUACCUCGGCCCAGGUAUUUAGGCUGGGAGGGUGCCCGGAUGUACCAGUACAAAGUGAAUUCGAUGUAGAUCAAUAUUACGGUAGUUGGUACGAGUUUGAGCGUUACUUUUUCAUUGCUGAGGAAUUAUUAAGGUGUUCUGCAGCAUCCUAUUCCCCUAAACCAGAUGGCACCAUUGAGGUCAUCAACUCAGGAAUUAAUUUUAUAACGGGGCGUAACUCUUCCGUGACAGGAACGGCUACAGUUGACCCCGCCGCCGGUGACCCCGCCAAGCUAAGGGUCAGCUUCGGGAGAUUUUCUAAUGGUCCCUAUUGGGUGUUGAAGACCGACUAUGACCAGUAUUCAAUUGUUUAUUCUUGUACUAAUAUCUUCUUUGGAAAAGCACACACGGAGGUGCUUUGGAUUCUCACACGUGACAGAAGUGGCGUGACGGACGGAGUGAAGAGUGACCUUUAUCAAUAUAUCCGGCAAAUCGGCCUUGACCCCAGUAAACUCAAACCCACGCAGCAGACAGAUUGUUGAUAGAUAAUUUAUGAUUUAACACAGUUUAAAGACGGUUAUUACGAGCAUUAUUAAAGAUAUAUUUGCAUGUUAUAUAAUUAUGAAGAAAAUUAGUAAUAGAUAUCUUUUUUUCAGUUUUAUCUUUUUUUUUAACUUGUGAUUGAUAUUAAUGUUAACAUCCUUGGUUGUUCAUCUGUUUGUAAAUGUUGCAUAUGUUAAGUUGUUUUUUUUUCAAAUAUUAUUCUGUUUUCUUUAUUUUUCACUUUAAAAAAGAAAAGUAUAUUGUUGUUGGUA